GUUCACCCUGCUCUCCAGAGCUCCCAGACCGCAGCCUGGUCCGGGCUGGCUCCCGGGGCGCCAGGCCAGGGCCCCGCAGCAGGCAGCCCGGCCCCGGGAGCGGGACCUUUCCUCCAGGCCCUCCCCCUCCCCCCUUUCCGGUCGCAGCCACCUGGGGUCAUCACAGGGACGCGGCCGCGGGUGGCGAGAGCGUGGCGAGCGAGCGCCGUGGGGCCACGGCAGUCCUGCCCCUGCCGCGACGGCGCCGCAGGGGCCUUCGAGCGGCGUCCCGGGCCGAUGUCCCAGGUGAGUGGCCAGCGCCCCCCUCACUGCGACGCGCCCCAUGGAGCCCCCAGCGCAGCCCCGGGCCCAGCCCAGACCCAACCCCUCCUGCCUGAGCUGGAGGUAGUAACAGGAUCCACGCACCCUGUGGAGGCAGCGCUGGAGGAGGACUCCCUGGAAGAGGCGGCACCCCCCAUGCCCCAAGGCGAUGGCCCUGGGGCCCCUCAGGCCCUGGACAGCACUGACCUCGACGGCCCCACAGAAGCUGUGACACGCCAGCCUCAGGGGAACCCCUUGGGCUGCACCCCUCUGGUGGCGAAUGGCUCAGGCCACCCCUCGGAGCUGGGCAGCACCAGGCGGGCGGGGAAUGGUGCCCUGGGUGGCCCCAAGGCCCACCGGAAGUUGCAGACGCACCCGUCUCUCGCCAGCCAGGGCAGCAAGAAAGGCAAGAGCAGCACCAAAUCUGCUGCCUCCCAGAUCCCCCUCCAGGCGCAGGAAGACUGCUGCGUCCACUGCAUCCUGUCCUGCCUGUUCUGCGAGUUCCUGACGCUGUGCAACAUCGUCCUGGACUGCGCCACGUGCGGCUCCUGCAGCUCCGAGGACUCGUGCCUCUGCUGCUGCUGCUGUGGCUCCGGCGAGUGCGCCGACUGCGACCUGCCCUGCGACCUGGACUGCGGCAUCGUGGACGCCUGCUGCGAGUCCGCCGACUGCCUGGAGAUCUGCAUGGAGUGCUGCGGCCUCUGCUUCUCCUCCUGACCGCCGCCGCCCCCGCAGGGUCCCUCGCGACCGCAGCCCGGGGGCGGGGACGCGCGAGGCCACCUCCGCGGAGGCGGGGGGGGCGGGGCCGCUGCAGCGCCGCCUCCUCGCGGUUCCCGGGACCGACGGUGGCCCCGGACACCCGGCGGGCGGGCUGGGGUGGGAGCCGCGCCUGGCCCCGCGGUCUGGGCUGCGGAACACUGUGAACGUGGGGCGCAGGGACGCGGGGGAGGCGGGGUCGGCGGGCGGUGCGCUCCUCUACCUCUCACCGCCCCUGGCGCCCGCCUCCCGCCGCCCAGGCUCCGAGGACAGCAAAAUGUGAAGUGAGACACCCCAGCCCGCCCUGGGCCAAGCCCCUCCCCAGUCUCCUUCCUGGGACCCGUGGGGGGCCUGACCCCUGCGGUGACCCCCGAAGUCCCCCAGAGGGCAGGGCUGGGCCAGAAGGGACGGGAACGGUAUAGAGACGACUGGAAGGGGGGAGAGGGAGGGAAUGGAGGGAGGGUCUGUUCUAUUUGUUGCUGUAAAUAAAGUUAUUUGUCCAGCUCAGA